GUGCAAAAGCUCGACGCGUCCACUCCAAAACCCGCGAAGUAGAAAGGACAUAAAAAAGGACCUAAAAAAAAUAAAAAAAGGGAAAGUGGAAGAAUAAAAAGCGAGGAGAGGGACUCACUUAUUAGAAGCAGAAGAAGAAGAAAGAAAUAACACAGCAGAGCAGUUACUCCGUUGCCCUAACUGGAAUCUGUAAUUCUUCCCGAUUGAAAUCCUCCGCUCCGGUAAUCGGAUCUCAACGCGAAGUUGCCGAUGGAAAAUAAGAUCGACUCGACCACCGGCGAUCCCACCUGGGACUUCUCCAGUGAUGGCUGUGGCGGAAUCGCCUAUCUGUACGGAGAAGGCGACGGCGGUGGGCAUGGCUGGGCCCCGCCGAGGAUCCACGAGGAAGAGCCGGACACGUGGUGCUCGCUCCCGCCUCCCGAUCUUAGCGAGGCCUCUGGAUCAGCUGCGGCCAGAUCCGGCGGCGAUGCCGUGUCGUCCAGCUCAAGCGAGGGGCCACCGGCGGAUCCCGGCGACAAGCCGCCGGCCGAUUCACCGAAUAAUAAAACCAGUAAGAAAGUUCAAAAGAGAGUCCGUCAACCAAGAUUUGCUUUCAUGACCAAGAGUGAAAUAGACCAUCUCGAAGAUGGCUAUAGAUGGAGAAAAUAUGGACAGAAAGCAGUCAAAAACAGCCCGUUUCCAAGGAGCUACUACCGUUGCACAAAUAGCAAAUGCACCGUGAAGAAGCGUGUUGAAAGGUCUUCCGAUGACCCUUCCAUUGUCAUCACAACCUAUGAAGGCCAGCAUUGCCACCACACCGUUAACUUCCCCCGCGCCGCUGCCAUCGGUUUCCACGACCACAUUAGAACUACUUCAUCAUUGUUAGAAAAUAUAUCUCCGCCGCCGCAGCAGCAGCAGCAGCAGCUUUAUUUUCCGGCGACCACAUUGCUCCAGUCAGUGCCGGAGCUCCCGACGGUACUUCCCAAUGAUGAUGGCCUCUUAGGAGAUAUUGUCUCUCCAGGCAUGAGGGGUAGGCGGUGAUCAGAUUGAAUUCUUCCGUAUUAAUUAUAAUAAUAGUAAUGUAUAUUUGACCAUUUUUAUAGUUGGUGCAUGCCAUGUUAAUUGUUCUCAUAUCCAUAUCGUUAGGGAUAUAUAUACAUGGCCGCUUAUAAUCUUUUUAGCAUUAUAUUAA